AUAGAUUCUGUCUUGUCCAUUUUCAGCUCCCCUUUGACAACGACAUCACCUACUCAAAUUAGUGUUUUUUUAACCUUAUAAUAAAACUGUUUCUAUUAAACUUUUAUAUAUAUAUAAUUGGGAGAGCGCGUGGGAGGAUUUGAAUCUACGACAUAGCAGUUUGCUGGCCAGCGUUUAUAUCAAAUUUUUAUUGUAGUAUUUUAAAAUUUAGUUGUUAGGUAGUCUUCUUGCUUUCAAAGAACCUUUCUUUACAUGUUUUUAUAAUCAGGGUCGGUCUUUGUUUUAUCAAAUUUUGUUAUUUCUUGAUUAAAAUAUUUUUCUUUAUUAUUUGUUGGUUGAGGUUUGUUUAUUAGUUCAGUCCUAAAGUCUUCUGUCUAUAAUCAACUCUUUUUCUUGUGUUUUUUAAGAAAAAUCAAAGUUUUAGUUUGUUUUUUGGUUAGUGUUUGUAAUGGAGGAGAGAUAUGAGGCAAUUAAGGAGCUUGGUUCUGGUAAUUUUGGAGUGGCUAGAUUAAUGAGAGAUAAGAAAACAAAAGAGCUUGUUGCUGUAAAGUAUAUAGAAAGAGGCAAAAAGAUUGAUGGGAAUGUUCAGAGAGAAAUUAUCAACCACAGAUCUUUGAGGCAUCCGAACAUUGUCAGGUUCAAAGAGGUUUUUCUGACUCCAACGCAUUUAGCAAUCGUAAUGGAAUAUGCAGCUGGCGGUGAACUCUUCGCAAGGAUCUGCAGUGCGGGUCGGUUUAGUGAAGAUGAGUCCAGAUUUUUCUUCCAGCAGCUAAUUUCUGGAGUCAGCUACUGUCAUUCCAUGGAAAUUUGUCACAGGGAUCUGAAACUUGAAAAUACACUUUUGGAUGGAAGCCCUACUCCCCGACUUAAAAUAUGUGACUUCGGUUACUCCAAGUCAGGUUUGUUGCACUCACAACCCAAAUCGACUGUUGGAACGCCGGCGUAUAUUGCUCCUGAGGUCCUAUCUCGAAAGGAAUACGACGGGAAGAUUGCAGAUGUUUGGUCAUGUGGGGUGACAUUAUAUGUGAUGUUGGUGGGAGCAUACCCUUUCGAGGAUCCUGAAGAUCCUAGAAAUUUCCGCAAGACCAUCGGGAGAAUAAUGAGCGUUCAGUACUCGAUACCAGACUAUGUCCGCAUCUCUGCAGAUUGCAAGCUCAUCCUUUCUCGGAUUUUUGUUGCCAAUCCUGCGAAGAGGAUUACCAUCCCAGAGAUUAAGCAGCACCCUUGGUUUCUGAAAAAUUUGCCCAAAGAGCUCAUCGAGAUUGAGAAAGCAAAAUAUUCUGAAUCAGAACGCGAUCAACUGAGUCAAAGUGUUGAAGAAACAAUGCGUAUCAUAAAAGAGGCCGAGACGGUAGAGGAAGGUGCCAAAAUUAGUGAGCAAGCCAUUCCAGGUACAUCCGAAGAUCAAGAUUUAGAGGCUGAUAUGGAAUAUGAAAUUGAUAUCAGCGGCGACUUUGUUCCGUAAGCUUGAGCUUAUUAAAUUACUAUUGAACCGAUUGUUUCCGAUGUUCUCUUUGUUCCGGAUGAAGAAUUACAUACAUCUUUCAUGUUUUUCGCGUCGUAUAGUAUUUGGCCAUCGCCGGCUUCGAUUCUGAAGGAGUGCAAGCUAAAGAAUUAUGGGCAGUUGAGCUGGGUUCUAAAACUCUGAGUGCAGUUCUUUUCUUGUGAUUUUAUUAUAUUUAAGUUCUCCAGAUUUGUAUUGUUUAUGGUCUUUGUAGCAUUUAGGAACGGCUUGUGAUUCCUUUGUUACUUAAACCAUGCAAUCAUUCUGGGAUAACAUUCAGCCACAGCUUUAUUUACUUUUACCAUCUAAUAAUGGGAUGUGAUUAUAUUCAUUUA